AUGUACGCAUUAAACCGUCUCAAUUCGGCCAAUCACAUCUCCUCCGCCGCCGCCGCCGUAUAUCCGAAACGGUUGCUCGGAACAAGUAUCGGUCACUCCUCUCCCGCAGCGACAGCUGGAAUUAGUGAUACCCGCAAUACUUAUGCGAGGAAUAGGGGAAAAAAGCUGAGGGAGCUCUCGAGGAUUGUGGUGAUGCUUAGUUGCGAUUCAUCUGCAGAUGGCGGCAUCUGCAAUGUUUAUCUGGUCGGAGCCGAUCACGGUUGUCCGGUGGUUUUUCUAGAAUUGUGCUCUAAUCGCCUUCCUAUUCUUACGCUUGAAAAAUUAAAGGUUCCGACGAUGAGAGAAAUGGUGGAAAUGUGGAAGAAAAAUGAAAAACCUUCUUGGAUUCUUUACAAGUGGUGUAUUGGUAAGUUUGGAGGUGUAGUUGGUGGUGGAGAUGUUCGUGCGGUAAAUGAGGAAGCCAAGAAAUAUGGUGCCAAGGUUAUACUUGGUGAUAGACCACAAGAUGAAUCCAUGCGUUUCUUUGUCGAUGCACCUUUAGAGCUUGACCAUGAUCGUCCCUGA